GGCACUUCAUUUGGUAAUAUAUUAGAGAUAUUAUCUCGCAAAUAUCUCUGCAAAGUAGGGGCGUCUAAAUCACGAUAAAGAUAAUCAUGCGUAAUUUUGGCUCACGCGGUCGUUAUAUUUCAAAAUUGGUGGCACUUACCUUAUUGACACGUACACCAUACGGUUACUCCCAGCGACGAAUGAAAUGUCAUAAACGCACAGCUAUGAAUUCGCGCUAGUUAGAAAGAAAUAGCAAUUUAAAAAAAAUGCAUGCGUAAAUUUUACGCAGAUUAUCUUUCUAGGGUUAAACUAGCUUUAUAAGUAAGAUGAAUACAAGCCAGAGUUAUAAAAUGAAGGAGAAUGCAACGGACCACGGCGACAGUAAAGCGAAAUCCACACCAAUUGCGAUGGUGGCACCAGAACUGAAACAGAAUGCGGACGCAGACACAGAGAUAACUAAGACAUGUGCAGUUCUGGGGUGUGAAGACUUCAAGAAUUUAGAUGCUGAAUCCUUUUUUAGAUUUCCUGAAGACUCCAGCCUGAGACAGAUAUGGACGGACCUAACAGGCCGCAACAACUGGACUCCAACCGACUUCUCCUACAUCUGCAUGCAACACUUCUCUAUUGACUGUUUCAAAUGCGACGAGGAUGACCAAAUGGUCCUCGUGGAUAAGGCAGUACCAUCGCUCAAGUUACCUAGACAUGUUUUGGAGGUUGAAUACAUAGAUGAAGAAACUCUAGACAAUGAAGAAGAUGAAGAUUACAUGACCACCGAUGAAGAAGAGGACAAAGCCAACAAUAUGUCCUUAGACCUCAACAUACCUCAGUCAGAACUAGAUAGUAUUGAACUGCUCAAACUGUUCUCUGAAGUACAGAGACUGCAGAGACAAGCUGUCGGACUAAAAGACAAACUCAAAUACAACAUGAAAGUACACAACAGACAAAAUAGAUUCCUAAAGAGAAUAAAAGAAAUUAUAGAGAUGAAGAAAAAGGUUUUAAAUCAGAAACGGAAGAAAAAAUGCAGGAUCUUACUAUCAUUGCAGGAUAAAAUAAAAGAGGAUACAACAGGAUUAGUCUUGGCUAUGCCAAUGCGGCAGACGGAAGACAUGAAAAAUUUCGCGCUUAGCAUUUACAAGUAUUCGCCGCAAGCAUACAUUUAUAUUAGGAACACGUUAAGGACAAUGUUGCCAAGUACUGAAAUUCUGGACUCUUGGAUCACGGCGGGUUACCAGCCUAGAAACGUUUUAGCCAAUAGCAACCUCAUUAAAGUGGUAGCUGAACAAACAGAGACGCAACUGUCGUGUAAAGUUAUGAUAGGAUAAUAAGUGUAAAUCACGGAAAUAUUGUUUUUUUAAUAAACUAGGAAUUUUUCCAGUU